GCAUUUCCUCAGAAACAAGUAGAGCUUAUCUCCAUGAAAAACGCUCCCAUGGCCAAUGCUCAAAUCUUGAUCUAUCUAUUUUUUGUUAUCGAGUUUAAGGGCAAUGGUGGGGACCUGUGGGUGGCAAUCAACCAAUGCCUUGGAGGUUCCAUGUCCUGUGUCAACAUGGCUGAACGUCUAAACGAGCAUCUGAGGAAAUGUGAGAGCGACAAGAUCCAGGCGAUAGACAGCACAGCAUUCAGCAUUGCCAUGAAUGGUACGGAGGCCCGGCUCUACGUCUCAUGGAAACAUAACGAGCUGGACUGCUACAUGCAGAAAGUCGAAAGUUUCACCCUUCAGAAGCCUAAGGACUAUAUCGAGUUCCGCAGGUACAUCCAGGACAUCAUCGACUGGGGGAAAGACAAGCGGCUGAACGAGAUUCGGAAUUCUCUGGACAGCCUCCUGGAGGAGAGCAGGCAGAGAGUUUCCGAGGCGGCGAAGUCUCGUCAACCACCAUCUGAUGGUUCUACUACUAGCAGCGGCAAGAAGCGCAAAUCUUCAACGUCGUGA